AUUUGUGGAUUCUGUCUGUCUGCUUGGCGUUGUUUGCGUGCACGGAGCAAUUUUUUCUCACAAAAUCCCCGAGAUAUACUUUGGGAAACCUCCCUAAAACUACUGCAAUCUGCUCAGUGUGGUGUAAAUUGUAUUCCAAGGUGGAGUCUCAAGCCGGAAUUGGCGGGUCGAGGAAACUGAGUGAUCCGGCUCAUACGGAGGUGGCAGAAAUGGGCGAUCGCGGCGAUGGAGCUGAAUCGUUUGAUGACGCCGUCGAGGAGCGGGUCAUCAAUGAGGAGUACAAGAUAUGGAAGAAGAAUACUCCUUUUCUGUACGAUCUGGUGAUGACCCAUGCACUGGAAUGGCCUUCGCUGACUGCUCAAUGGCUACCGGACGUGACGAAGCCGGAAGGGAAGGACUACUCGGUGCACCGUCUCAUACUCGGGACCCAUACGUCUGAUGAGCAGAACCAUCUUCUCAUUGCGAGUGUCCAGCUGCCCAACGAGGAUGCCCAAUUUGACGCAAGUCACUAUGACAAUGAGAAGGGAGAGUUUGGCGGAUUUGGAUCAGUUUCCGGGAAGAUUGAAAUCGAAAUUAAGAUCAACCAUGAGGGUGAGGUAAAUAGGGCGCGCUACAUGCCUCAGAAUCCGUGCGUGAUUGCUACCAAGACUCCCUCAAGUGACGUCCUCGUGUUCGAUUACACCAAACACCCCAGCAAGCCCGAACCAAGCGGCGAGUGUCAUCCGGAUUUGAGACUUCGUGGGCACCAGAAGGAGGGUUAUGGGUUGUCGUGGAACCCCAAUUUAAACGGGUAUCUUCUGUCGGCAAGCGAUGACCAUACCAUCUGUCUGUGGGACAUCAACGCAACACCGAAAGAGCAUCGUAUCAUCGAUGCCAAGAACAUCUUCACCGGCCACACGGCCGUGGUGGAGGACGUGGCCUGGCAUCUGCUUCACGAAUCUCUAUUCGGAUCGGUUGCCGACGACCAAAAGCUCAUGAUUUGGGAUACGCGAUGCAACAACACAUCGAAGCCAUCGCACACCGUGGACGCUCACACGGCUGAGGUCAAUUGCUUGAGUUUCAAUCCAUAUUCCGAGUUUAUCUUGGCCACCGGAUCUGCUGAUAAGACUGUGGCACUGUGGGAUUUGAGGAAUCUGAAGCUGAAACUGCACUCUUUCGAGUCGCACAAGGAUGAGAUCUUCCAGGUGCAGUGGUCACCUCAUAACGAAACCAUUCUCGCGUCCAGCGGCACAGACCGAAGACUCCACGUGUGGGAUCUGUCGAAGAUUGGCGAAGAACAAAGCAGCGAGGACGCUGAAGAUGGCCCACCGGAGCUCCUCUUCAUCCAUGGAGGCCACACUGCCAAGAUCUCUGACUUCUCGUGGAAUCCCAACGAGCCGUGGGUGAUCUGCUCUGUGUCAGAGGACAACAUAAUGCAAGUGUGGCAAAUGGCUGAAAAUAUCUACAAUGAUGAGGAGCCAGAAGUUCCCACCGGUGACCUCGAGGCGCCAACAGCAUAAGAGAUCCAU